AUGACAGAAGCGACCGCUGUGAUUCGCGACCAAUCUGGCUACAUCAAUGUCUCUUUAAAGAAGGAAUUCGAUGAGUCUUUGCAGUUCACUGGCCGGAUCGGCGGUGGUCUGUUGCUAGACCUGCGUCGCCGCUCCCCACUCUACCUCAGCGAUUGGACAGAUGCCUUCAUUUCGGGGAACCUCCAGAAGACAGUGACGACGAUCGUGUAUCUGUUUGCAGCAGCACUAGCUCCAGCAGUCACGUUUGGAAGCCAGUUUUACGAUGGUACCGGUGGCCAGUUCGGCGUGGCAGAGAUGAUCCUGUCCACUGCGCUUAGCGGGGUGAUAUGCUCCUUGUUUGCCGGCCAGCCGCUGGCCAUCGUAGGACCUACUGGGCCCUUCCUGGCUUACACGAUGGUUUGUUAUGACCUCGCCGCGGCUGUGGACCUGGAGUUCCUUCCCUUCUACUUCUGGGUUUGCAUGUGGUGCGCCGUUUUCACCAUCCUGGUGGCUAUCUUCGACCUGUGUGCACUGAUGAAGUACGUCACCUUGUUCACAGAGGAUGUCUUCGUGGGCCUCGUUAGCUUCGUGUACAUAGUGGAUGGGCUGCGGCCGAUCAUCCUGAAUUUCACGGAGGCGAGGCUGAGCCUGGAUGGUGCCGUGUUCGAGGCUUUGCUGUUUGCCUACACCGUCGGCACAGCGCUCUAUUUUUCGCAUUUCCGGCGGUCACCAUGGCUGACCAGACCAAUACGCAAUUUUCUCGCAAACUUUGCCGUGACCAUUGCGUUGGUGUCGGCUUCUCUGCUGGCGGCUGGUCCCAAAGCAGACAUCAGAAUGCUCCCCAUGGACGCUGACUUUGCCCCAUCCCUAAAAUUGGAGGGAUUGGAGAAGCGAAGCUGGAUAGUAAAUCCUGCGGGGAUGGAGCGGCCGCUACCUGCUUGGGCAAUUGCAUAUGCAAUUUUUCCAGCCUUGGGAUUUACAGUCCUGGGAUACCUGGACGAGAACUUGACUAGUCUAAUCGUCAACAGGCCAUCCAACAAUCUGAAGAAACCUCCUGGCUACCACUUGGAUCUCUUUGUACGAGGCCUGUUUCUUAUGCCCACCUGUGGCAUUCUUGGCCUACCCAUGUCAGUUGCUUCGACUGUUCCCAGCAUGACGCACCUGAUCUCUUUGACUACAUACGAAGAGAAAAGAGUUGAGGAGGGUAUUCGCAAAGAGCCGGUGAAUGUGGUAGAGCAGCGCGCGACAAAUUUCAUCAUCCACUUGCUGCUGGGCUUCUCGCUGUUCAUGGCACCGGUUCUACGCCUUCUGCCCAAGUCGGUCCUGCACGGAGUGUUCUUCUACAUGGGAAUCAGUUCGCUGACCGGAAAUGCUUUGUUCAAUCGGAUGUGCCUAUGGAUGAUCUGGGACACGACCAAAUACCCAAAUUACCAUUUUCUCGGAGACCACAUGUCCGUACGGCGCGUGCACCUUUACACUGCCAUUCAGGUGGUGUGCCUUGCAACGCUCUAUGCCCUGAAGACGACCUCGGAAGUCGCUGUGGUCUUCCCUCUCUUCAUUGCAACGUUGGCCGUCAUCCGCCAGGCUUUGCGCAGCAUCUUUUCAGAAGUGGAGCUCCAGCUCUUGGACGACGAGCCGGUCAGGGAAGAAGAGGAGGAAGAUCCGGCGGCUGACAAGCCGGACUUGUUGGAGUUAGGCAUGAGCCGAGAGGACGAGGAAAAAGCGCAGGCAGCUCAACUGGCUUUGGAUGAAGGGGCAGAUGAUUUCUUGCCGCGAAGUCUGAGCUGCGAUUGA